AUGGCCCUCUCCACCGAGCAACGACCCACGAGUGUGAUCGAGCAUGUGCUGACAACGCUGGAUCAGAUCGUUGCCUGGGCUCGAAACGGCUCGAUGUGGCCCUUGACUUUCGCUCUCGCCUGCUGUGGCAUUGAAAUGAUGCACGUCUCCAUGCCCCGCUACGACCAAGAUCGACUCGGUAUCAUCUUUCGAGCGUCUCCCAGACAAUCAGAUGUCAUGAUCGUUGCCGGAACCGUGACAAACAAGAUGGCGUCGGCUGUUCGACAGUGCUAUGAUCAGAUGCCGGAACCCCGGUGGGUCAUCAGCAUGGGAACCUGUGCCAAUGGAGGAGGAUACUACCACUACAGCUACAGUGUCGUGAGGGGUGUUGAUCGCAUCUUGCCUGUGGAUAUCUACGUCCCGGGAUGCCCCCCUACGGGAGAGGCCCUUCUGUACGGGGUUUUCCAGUUGCAGAGAAAGAUUCGGAAGACAAAGGUCACCCGGAUGUGGUACAGACGUUGA